AUGCUGCGCGUAAAAAUGGGCUGUGUCUUUUGGAUGGCAAGCACCGAGUUUGUGAAGCGCACACCUGCGGCACCUCAUGGCUCGACUUUUGGUUCAAGUCCCAUAGCCCGGGGCUGGUCGAACUCUGCGUUCUGCCAGGCCUCCGGGCUGAGAAUGAAGACGCUGUUCACCUCGGCAGCUAUUGCUGCAUGUUGGGGAACAGCGACUGCGAGACUGGUCCAUCAGGCGGACAGCAUAGCUGCGACCGCUGGCGCUCCAUUGGAUGAAGAAGAGCUGCAGGAGGCUGAGAAAGCCGAACAUGAAGCAGAAGAAACUGUCCAUGCAGCAGAAGCUUCACUGGGCGAAACUGCUGUCAGGGAAAUCAAGCCCUUUUCUUCCACCUUUGCCGCUCUGCUCAAGGAGAAGGGGUCAAUGCCUUACAUCAAGUUUGAGCCAGACUGCGUGGAGCACUUGCAAGAGGUGAGCAAGACUCUGGCAGAUGCUUAUGGGGAGAUCCAGGUCAAGCAGCUGCUGGUUGGCGAGUGCCGCCUGGAGAACGAGUUCCCGAAUUCCGUGGACGCGGGCUUCGACGAAGUGCAGGCUUGCCUAGGCUUCGCCGACAAGUUCGCCACUGCCAUCAAGAAGGACAAGGGCUUCAGGGCGCUUUGCAAGGACUUCUACGAACAGGCAUCAGCAGGAACGACCAGAACAGCAGGGAGCCAGCCUUCUUUGGCGCCUCAUGAGAGAUCAGAGAGUGGAGCAAAGCUUGGAGUUGGUACCAAGCCAUGGUUUCGCAAUUUCCGUGAUUGGUGGUCCGAUGCGUACCGUGCCCCACAUGUCACACCGCUCCUCGUGCCCAAAAGCAGGGCAGGAAGCGGCAGUGGCGACACCAACACUGGCGGAAGUGACGACAGUAGUGGCAACAGAGGAGGCAAAAGUGAAGGCAAGAGCGGAGACAAUAGCAGAGGCGACAGUGGGAGCGACAAGGGCAGCAGAGGAGGCAACAGAGGUGGCAACAAUGGCGAGAACAGUGACGGAAGCAGAGGUGGCGGUAGUAGUAGUGGUGGCGGCAAUGGUAGUGCCGGAGGCAGCAGUGAGAGUGACACAGCGGCGACUAGCAGCAACAUUGACUCUGCCACGGUAGGAAGUCAUGACGUGAAAGGCGCAAGCGACGAUCCGUCUCAGCAAGCUACUAGCGCAAGCAGCUCUGAUGACGGGCGUGACUCCUCUGAUCCAAGUGAAACAGGAUCAGGCACCACGGAUACUGCCAAUGGCAAACCUCUUGAUCCAGAGGCAGUCGCAGAUGCUGCGUACGAAGCUGCUCUACGUGCGGGCAAGAGCCCAGAAGAAGCGGCUGAGGUCGCUGCCGCCGCCGCUGCUGCUGCUGCAGCCAAGAAUGCCCGAGCCGCAGGCAAGAGCCCUGCACAGGUGGAGAAAGCCGCCUCUGCAGCUGCUUAUCAGGCCGGUCAAGCAAGUGGAAUGAGUGACGAGGAGGCGGCCGCUGCGAGCAAGAAGGCGGCAGAUAGCCAGAGGUCGGAUUCAAAGACCUCACGUACUGAAGCUGGCCAGGCAGUCAAAUCUGGUGCCAGUGAGGCAACUAGUAGAAGCAGCAAGGGACCUUCUGAUGCGGAAAGCAAGAUGUUCGGCUUCAAUGACUGGCUGCAGUGGCUUUGGAACUUGUGGCCACAUUGGUCCACCUCAAAGCCUGGGCCGGGUGGCCGAACUGAAACAGCUCCAAGCAAGGCACCAGCCGAGCUUGAAGGGCUACAGGAUGCGGACAUGGACAAAUUGGAUGCGAUUCUCCGAAAUCAGAGGUUAGCUGAUGACGGGGUCAGCCCUUCAGCGGCUGAUCGCAAAGUCUACGUGUCAACCUGCUCAGCUCACUUGAAGAAGGUUGGAGAGGCCAUUGAUGCCUCAUACUCCGACAUGCAGGCAGAAGAAGUAUUGAAGUCCCAGUGCCUUUUGGACAAGGACUUUGCCUCGCGGCAGGAAUCCUUUGCGAGAACCAAGGACUGCAAGCUCUUUGCAAAGCUGUUUAUGAAGGCCCGCAACCAGGACUUGCUGGGGAGUGAGGCUGCUUACGAGAAGCUUUGUGUGUGGUAUUUCGAUUAUGUGGACCAAGUGCUCAGCGAGAGCAACCCGCCGAGAGAGGAUGGUGUUUCUGCGUUCCAACUGGGCACCAGAAGGACGAUGGCAAGGUUGCAUAGCCUUCGGUCUGCCAAGAUGCAGCGCGAGUAA